CUCCCCGCUCCGCCCCGCCGGGUUCUUCCGGGGCAGGCGGCGGCGUGGGGAUGCUGCUGCUGCUGCUGCGGCGGACGGCAGCGCGGGUGGGGGUCUCGCUGCUGCGGGCGGGGCCCGGUUCCCCAGGCAAAGCCUGUGUGAGCCACACCGAGCCGCGGGCCCGGGAUGGACCCAGCGGGGAGGAGGAAGAGGAGGAAGGGUGCUAUCAGCUGUACCCCGGACAUAUCCCCACCAGUCCGCUGCAGAAAGCGCUGCUGGCUGCCGGCUCGGCGUUUAUGGCUCUCUAUGACCCCUACAGACAUGACAUGGUGGCAGUCCUCGGGGAGACCACAGGCUGCCUGGCCCUACCCAACCUGCGAGACAAGAUGAAACACCACCCUGAAGGUUACCGCAUCCUCCAGGAACGGCCUCGCAUCCGUCUCUCCACCCUGGACAUGGCCAAGCUGCGGGGGCUGCCGGAGGGCUCGCUGGGCCGAGAGUACAUCCGAUUCUUGGAGGACAAUAAGGUUUCUCCAGACACCCGGAUGCCGCCCAAGUUUGUUGAUGAUGAAGAGCUGGCGUAUGUGAUCCAGCGGUACCGGGAAGUCCACGAUCUGAUGCACACCCUUCUGGGCAUGCCAACCACCAUACUAGGUGAAGUCGUGGUGAAAUGGUUCGAAGCUGUCCAGACAGGGCUGCCCAUGUGUGUCCUGGGAGCAGCGUUCGGCCCCAUCCAUCUCAGCGCACGAAACCUGCAGCUCCUGGCCACUGAGCUGGCUCCCUGGGCGAUUAGGAGCGGGCGCAACGCCAGCUGUAUCCUGAACGUCUACUACGAGCAGCGCUGGGAGCAGUCAGUGGCAUCCCUGCGGGAGGAGAUCGGCAUCUUCCCUCCCCCCGACGUUCAAGUGUGAGAGCUCAAGUAAAGGGAGGGGACAGGGGAUCCCCGCUGCCCCUGCCACGCUCCGUGUCCAUCUGCCCAGGAGCACAGCAUGGCUCUGCUACUGGCUGCCGUGGACCCAAGGGCUGAGUUUUCUCCUGCCAAGAGCUGGCACCCUCCUGUUGCUAGAGGCCAAGUGACACCUUCCUGUGCCGUGACAAAACUUGACCCUUUUUGCUGUUUGUGAUUCAGUGGAGGGAUGGCAAGUCCUGCUGUGCCUUUGCCAGCUGGGUCUGGCUGCUGGCUCCAGUACUGGUGCUCCGAAAUGCUGGGAUGGGGAGGGAGCAGAGCUGCUUUACAACACACUGGAACAAACUUGGCCUUCUCCAGCUCUAGGGCUGUAUAGGUAAAUCCCUCCUCCCACCCUCCCAGGGGACAUCAAGAUUUAAAGUCUUGGGGCCACCCUGGACUGGAGCUAAACCAGUGAUUUACAGAGCAGCCCAGGGGCAGGUUUGGUGUGUGCAACAGUGAAAUCCCAUCUUGUACUGGUGCCUAACUGGUCUCCUGACCUCAUGCCUCAUGCCUUGGAGACCAGGCAGUGUGUGAUUGCAUGCCUAUGGGAACAGGCAGGGAAAUACCUUCGGAUAUUAUCCCUGCUGGAUUGGCUGUUCAAGAGCCGAUCCCAGGCUGCCAUAUCUCUCUGUAGUCCCUCCCCAUCAAAAAUGCUGAAAUCCGUGUGAUUGCGCUGGGUUUUCAGUAGGAAUUGUCCCCUCCUUGGGCAACAAAAUGACACGAUCAGGAAUAAGGGGCUGAAUCCUGGCGGCACAGAAACAGCGGCCGCUUGUGCUACAUCUGGGAGCUGAUUGCUGUCUGGAUUAAUUAAACGGGGCUCCAGACUGCCAGCAGCUGGAGAGCAGAGCUGUCGGAUGCAAGGGCAGAGAGCCAUGAUGCCAGGGGCUCUUUGUACGUGUGGGUUUGCUGUUGAAGUCCCUUCUUGCUUAAUAAAAUCCACAGUGGA